AUGAGUCUCCCAAGAACAUUGGACAAUCAGAUAGAAAAUUUUGUACAGAAGUUGAAAAGGCGGGAAACCGCGAUAAUACUUCGACAAGUAAUUUCAGUUACACGAUGGCGAGAUGCCGAGGUUCUAAUUGAUGUCGUAACUCAAGUGGGUUCACGAUUGACUUCCGCCCAACCCAAUGAGCUUGCUAUAGGAAAUGUUGUAAAACGUGUUCUCAAAGUGAUUCGUGAAGUGUCCAGAGGCGAUUUGGAAACAGAAAAUGAAAGACAGUCAGAUUCAAUCAGCUAUACAGAAUUCAAUGAUGACGAUUCAGGCGAAGAAAGCAGUUCAGACGAAGAGCACACUGAUGAAGUCGAGGAGAAUGAUGCGGAUAAUGAUAGUGACAAGCAAACCAACCGCUCAUCGUUUAGUAGCAGCCUCUCAGAACAGAAUACCAGCCGUCCUGAUCUCAAUUCACAGACAUCUAUGUUUAAAUUAUUAGUGGAUAUGUCAAAACUCACAGCUAAAGAACAGAAGAGACAGGAAAAUGAGAAAAAGAUCAAAGACACUUACCAUUUGAAACCACUUAUCAUCCAAGAAAUAACUGAAGAAAUCAUCUCAGAUUUGGACGCAAAAGAUACUGCCAACAUUUACAAAGGGAUUGCUGAUCAAGCUUUGGACUUCAUACACGCUAAUGAGGUGAUUAUGACGAUAGGCAUAUCUAGGACAGUCCAAGAGUUUUUAAUGAAAGCUGCCCAAAAACGAAGAUUUCAGGUUCUCGUCGCUGAAACAGCUCCCACUUAUCAAGGACACAAAAUGGCAAUGCAGUUAUCGAAGGCUGGAAUUGAUACCACAGUGAUCGCCGAUUCAGCAAUUUUUGCUGCUAUGCCUCGUGUCAACAAAGUUGUCUUAGGUGCUCAUGCCGUUCUAGCCAAUGGUGCACUUGUAUCAGUGGCUGGCUCUCAUUUGCUGGCGGCGGCUGCUAGACACCACUCUACACCUGUCCUUGUUUGCACGGCCCUUUACAAACUUUCACCUUUGUUCGCUUACGUUGCGGAUGCGCUCAAUGUCUCAGACUCACCACAGCAUGUUCUGAGCUUUCAAGAAGGACCGAUUAUUGAUAAUGUUGCUAUAAACAAUCCUUAUUACGAUUACGUUGCCCCCGAUUACGUCAGUUUGUUCAUCCAUAAUUUGGGUUCGGCGCCACCUACUUAUGUAUAUAGAUUACUCAAUGAUAAUUAUGUUCAGGAAGAUUCAAUUUUAUAA